UAUGUGUAAACAAAUCGAAUCGAAGGCGAGCCGCGCGGUGUGCGGUUACAUAAAAUAUCCCCAAAAACACGGUCGUUCAAGGGGCACACAAAAAGUGAACCAAUAAUGUCGCUCAACUCCGGGGCACGCGGUUUUCGUCGGGCACCAUCGUUAUUCCGCAAUGGGCUGGAACUGGUGAAAAGUCGCUACCAAGGGAUCGAGACACGGCUCGGCGAGAUCACGCUGCCGGAGCGGUUCAAGGGAACGAUCGUGGAAAAGUGGGCCACCUAUUGGAGAAAUCUCGUCAUCGACUACAAGGAGAUGGUGAUCGAUACGGGGCGCGGUAUGCGGGAUCGUCCUGUCCGGAGCACCAUCUACGUUUCGCUGUUAGCCGCUGCCGGGUACUGCGGGUCCAAUAAUCCGAGCGAGACCGACUUCUACGAUCAGUACCGGCGGGCUUACAACCAGCUGUCCCUCGUGCAUCCCACCUGCCAGAAUCCGGUCGCUUCACAGCACAUCACCUUCCUGGAGCGGUGCCACAACGAAGGCAUCCUGCGGCGGCUGUCGCUCGGUGUCGUCUCCUUCCUGUGGCUCGACAACUACGACAAGGGGCUGGCCAUCUAUAAGGCCGUCUGUCCGUAUCUGCAGCCGCGCUACCUCACCUUCCACGAGCGGAUAGUGGACGUCGGAUUCAACGGGAAGUGGUGGCAACUCGAGCGCAAAAUGGUCGAUUACGAUAUUAAUGAGGAAAAUCUGGGUAGUUAGAGCGCAAUAAAUCGUGUGCGUGCGUUACAACCAAAGCUUCUUACAAUCACUUACAUCACACUGUCCCAUUGGUAUCCUAAUCCGAAUUACCAGAAUGACUGUGAUGAUGA